CAGACGCUGGGUCAGCUGGGAAACAUGCAGUGGUAGGGAGACGGACGUGUUGAAUAUGAAUGGCUGUGCUUGCGGGCGAACAUACUAUUGGAAGAGACAAGAUUCGCCAAUACUAAUCAUUCCAGCCUUCGUACUUCUCUAGCUCAGUAAGCAAGCCUUUGUGUCAUUUCUUAUCCUAGUAGCUUCUGGGGACAAAUAGAUUGACAUUGAAUCGACCAGAAAUUUGCUGUGGCAAAUGAGACGUUAACGGUUUGUGUUGGCUGACAUUUUAGUGAUUUUAGAGAGGACGGCUGCGACGUGUGUUCUCCCUCUUUCUCUGAACUGUUCUAUGAUGCAAUUUUGUACUAAACGCUACCUUUGUGCUCAUGUUUCCAGAACUUGGGGGCCAUAAGGAAGCACGAAGCAUGACGGACAACAGUAGGGUCGACACACUUAAGUUAGCGGUGGCCGUCACUUUUUGUCUUUGCCUAUUUUUCAUGCUUUAUGUCUCCUACACACCUGACGUGACUUCGGAGUUCGUUCUGCUCAACAACAGACUACAGCCUGUACAUGUCAGCAAGAAUAAUGUCCUUGAUGUCAGGGAUGUGAUUCCGCCUGAAGAUCGAGGCAGUCAGAACACAAAAGCGGCCCCUGCGGCUGAGCCGGUAACUGCAAGACAGACAUGCAUCCCGAAGAGAAAUUUAGUUUUCAUCAAGGUGCAGGAGGCGGCCUCCAACGCGGUACAGAGAAUCCUGCUUCGCUAUGCGUACCGGCACAAUCUCACGGUCAUGUUACCCAGAACAGGAGGCUCCUUUCACUGGUUAACGUUUACUGAUGAGUUCGACGGUCUUCCUGUGAAAGACGGAAGUUACAACGUCAUCGCUCAUCAUCUGAGAUACGGCAAAGAAAUCAAAAAGAAGAUGCCAGCGGACACCGUUUAUUUCACCAUGCUUCAACACCCAGUGAGCCACAUGAAGUUUUCAUUUCACCAGUGGAAGCUCCACAAACACUACAAUAUCAGCGGCAAAGACCCUAUCAACGUGUUCUUCAAGGAUCCCUAUCUGUACUCCGUCAACGAUUCAGCCACCUUCAAGACACACCAUCCCAUCAAAAACCGCCAGGCGUUUGACUUGGGAUUCGGCAUGAGUUGGCAAAUGGGUGAUGACCGUACCACGGCUCAUCUGAAGGAGGUGAAAAAGACUAUAAGAGUGGUGUUACUUGCGGAGCGAUUCGACGAAUCUCUGGUAUUGCUCAGAAGACUCAUGUGCUGGGACAUGCAGGAUAUCUUAUACCAGCCAGACAACAACAUCAUUGAAACAAAUCGCUUCGCAAAUAUAACGCUGCAUCGCAAACAACAAAUGACGUUUCAGAACUGGAGCAGCAUUGACUUUGCCCUCCAUACAUACUCUCAAAAAACAUUUAAUGAAACGUCCCAACACAUGGGUCCAGGUUUUAUGAAGGAAGUAGAGUAUUUUAGACGGCUAAAUUCGUGGGUAUAUUUUGAAGCAUGUAAGGGCCACCUGGGCCGGAAUUUCACUCAUUUCGGGGUGGAGAAAAGCAGGUGGCACGACAAGUUUGAAGCGGACGGUUCGCUCUGUCAGGCAAUCGAACGGCGCAGGGGAGUCUGGGAUAGGAAGUUUGCACUGCGUCAAAAUGCGGAGCUCCGAAAAUCCAACGGUAGCCAGCUACAGGUACCCGGGGAGAAAUACGUUUCUGUACCUGAACAACAGCACCAGGAAAUUACAAACCUCAGUGGUAGUAAUAAGCCUAUUGGUUUGAAAUCGAAAACAUUGACACCCAGCAAUGUGGAGGAAAGAGAAGGGAAAAAUGAUGGGGAAAGAUGGGGGGAUUGUCAUGGGUAGGUCAAAAGUUAAAUUUGCUAUUGAAAGAAAAAAAGAAAACGAAAAAGAAAAACAAAGCUAUUAAGAAGAAAGAGAAGAAAAAAAUUAAGAGCAAAAGAUAAAGCGGAAAACAUUAAGGGCCUCGAAAGCCAGAAUCUUUGGAGGAGGAAAGAGAGAUCUGUACUGGUGGAAGAAAGAUAAGAAAACAUUAAGAGUCCCAAAGGACGUAAA